GGAGGGGACGCGCGGGCCCCGUCGCUGCUGGACGGCCGCGAUGGCGCCGGCGGCCGGCGCGUGGGCUGGGGCGCCCGGCUCCCGCCCGGCCACUGUGGCCUUCGUGUGGCUCCUUCUCAUCGCGUGCUGCCCAGACCCUGCCAGCGCCGUGCAGGUGACCGUGUCUGACCCCUACCACGUAGUGAUCCUGUUCCAGCCCGUGACGCUGCCCUGCACCUACCAGAUGAGCAGCACGCUCAGCGUCCCCAUCGUCAUCUGGAAGUACAAGUCCUUCUGCCGGGACCGCGUUGCCGACGCCUUCUCCCCGGCCAGCGUGGACAACCAGAUCAAUGCCCAGCUGGCAGCGGGCAACCCCGGCUACAACCCCUACGUGGAGUGCCAGGACAGCGUGCGCACCGUCAGGGUGGUGGCCACCAAGCAGGGCAACGCCGUGACCCUGGGAGACCACUACCAAGGCCGGAGGAUCACCAUUACCGGAAAUGCUGACCUGACCUUCGAGCAGACAGCCUGGGGGGACAGUGGGGUGUAUUACUGCUCCGUGGUCUCAGCCCAGGAUCUGGGCGGCAACAACGAAGCGUAUGCAGAGCUCAUUGUCCUUGGCAGGACCUCAGAGGCCCCUGAGCUCCUACCUGGUUUUCGGGCGGGGCCCUUGGAAGACUGGCUCUUUGUGGUGGUGGUCUGCCUGGCAGGCCUCCUCCUUUUCCUCCUCCUGGGCAUCUGCUGGUGCCAGUGCUGUCCACACACCUGCUGCUGCUACGUCAGAUGUCCCUGCUGCCCAGACAAGUGCUGUUGCCCCGAGGCCCUUUAUGCUGCCGGCAAAGCGGCCACCUCGGGCGCCCCCAGCAUCUAUGGGCCCAGCAUCUACACCCACCUCUCUCCUGCCAAGACCCCUCCACCACCGCCUGCCAUGAUUCCCAUGGGUCCUACCUACGGGUACCCUGGAGACUUCAACAGGAACAGCUCAGUUGGUGGCCACAGCUCUCAGGUACCGCUCAUGAGUGACGUGGACGGCAGUGUCUCUUCAGAAGUGCGAAGUGGCUACAGGAUCCGGGCUAGCCAGCAGGAUGACUCCAUGAGGGUCCUAUACUACAUGGAGAAGGAGCUAGCCAACUUUGACCCUUCCCGGCCUGGCCCUCCCAAUGGCCGAGUGGAGCGGGCCAUGAGUGAGGUCACCUCCCUCCAUGAAGAUGACUGGCGAUCCCGGCCUUCCAGGCCUCCCGCCCUUACCCCCAUCAGGGAUGAGGAGUGGAGUCGCCACUCGCCCAGGAGUCCCAGGCCAUGGGAGCAGGAACCCGUUCAAGGACAACCAAGGGGUGGCUGGGGGUCCGGGCGGCCGCGAGCCCGCUCCGUGGACGCUCUGGAUGACAUCAACCGGCCUGGCUCCACUGAAUCCGGACGGUCUUCUCCCCCAAGUAGUGGAAGGAAGGGACGGGCCUAUGCACCUCCCAGAAGUCGCAGCCGGGAUGACCUCGAUGAUCCCCGGGAUUUGCCACAUUCCCGAGACCCCCACUACUACGACGACUUCAGGCCUAGGGAUCGGCGUGCUGACCCCAGGUCCCGUCAGCGACCCCGCGAUCCCCGGGAUGCUGGCUUCAGGUCACGGGACCCUCAGUAUGACGGGCGACUCUUAGAAGAGGCCUUAAAGAAAAAGGGGUCUGGGGAGAGGAGACUCUACCGGGAGGAGGAGGAGGAGGAGGAAGAGGACAACUAUCCGCCAGCGCCUCCGCCUUACUCAGAGACUGAGUCCCAGGCCUCCAGGGAGCGGCGGAUGAAAAAGAAUUUGGCCCUGAGUCGGGAAAGUUUAGUCGUCUGAUCCCACGUUUUGUAUGUAGCUUUUUUUUUUUUUACUUGGAAUAUUGAUGGAACUGUUCACCGAGUCUAAUAAAAUACCUAAUCACACGA